UGAGAUGUGUAGACGAAAUUCGAAUUUCUUAAGCAUUUUCGGGCGAAAUUGUUUUCAAAUUGAACGGUGGUGAAAUUCAUGAAAAAUAACUUUUCAUUUAUUAAGUUGAGUGUAAUAUUAUUUCUGUAAGUAAUCCGAAUCACUUCUUUUUCACAUCAAUUUAAUAAUGCGUAUUGCUUUGCACUGGAACAUUCACAACUGAAUUCAUAUAUCCGGCAAAAAAGAAAUUUUAAUGAUUGACAAAUAUGAAACCCUCUGAAAAAACAUAAAAAGAAAAAGAAAGAAAAUGGAAACAAAAAAGAAAUCUUUAAAUAUGGCCAGUCUAAAAAAUUUACCUACAACUGAAAAAAGAUGCAAUAAAUGUGGUUUUGUGACAUUUUGCUUGCGUGUGCUGUACAGCCACAGAUAUAAAUGUGAAGGCAAACUAUUAGGAUCAUUAAUAUGUUGUUACUGUAAAAGAAAAUUUAAUUACUUAUCAUUAUUCAAAACUCAUAGAAAGACUUGUGUGAAAUUUCACCACAAUAAAAAAUUGUUGUACAAGCCGAAAUUCAAAAAUUUAAUAGCUAAAAAAUGUAGAAAAUCUAAUGAGGAAAGAGAUCCAUCUAAACUAUCUAUUAUUUCAUGUGCUGAUUGUUUGAAAAUUUUCUCAUCAAAGCAAGACUACGAUGUGCAUGUGAAAAAAGGUUUUUGCGAACUUAAGAACUUAGUUAAAAAGCAAACCUUUUCAGCUAGAAAAUCAUUUUCAAAAGUACAACCAGAAAUAGAAGAAUGUUUAUCAGAUGUAGAUGCCUUUCCACUAAAUGAUAGUCUUCCAUUCAGCAUGUCUGUCAAAAAGAAAAGGUUUGUUUCUGAGCUACCAGUUUCUGGAGUUUCAUGCAAAUGGUGUAAAAAUAUUUAUCCUACAAAGGAAAUCCUUCAAAAACAUUUGAAGAAAAAUUAUCAGUGUGCUCUUCAACAAAAUUCAUUUACUCCUUAUAAAGAGACUUAUAAAGCAAGAAAAUCUUUUGGUUCAAAGGAACCUGUUGUUGCACGAAAGUCAUUUUCUCAUAUGACUCCUAGGAUCAUAUUGCCUUCAUUCAGUUACACACCUUCUGGUGGAUCUGCAAGGAAAUCUUUAUCCAACUCAAAGAAACGAUUUUUGAAAAAUUUGAGAUCUCCUUCAAUGAGCACAAUGACAGUUUUAAACCAGUGCCCAAUUUGUUAUGUAUCAUUUUCUGAUUCAUUUGAGUUUUUCCAACAUCAGAAGAGACUUAAUCAUUGGGGGAAAGCAACUAAAUCAAUUAAUAGUUUUUGUAAGUGUCCAUUCUGUGAGAAACAAUUUUUCCAUAUUCGUGCACGUAAUGCUCACCUUCGAAACCAUGCAGAUAAAUCUGUAGAAGAAAUUGAAUCCUUUUUAAAAAGUAGCACUUGUAAUAUAUGCUCGAAAAUUUUUGUCUCUGAAACAGCAAAAUACCAGCAUAUGAAAUUAGAACAUUCAAAAUCACUUUUUGAUAUCGAUUCCAAAGAAAAUCGCAACAAUAAGCAAUCUUUAUUACCUCUUGUAAUCAAGCAGAAACUAAAAGAAUAUCCUAACACUUGCCCCAUUUGUUCAAAGAAUUUUCCUUCAACUUUUUCUCGUGAUAAGCAUUUUAAGAAAAAACAUCUGGAUUCAGAAUUAGAAUGCAAGUUUUGUCCUCAGCGAUAUAACAGCGUUGAAGAUUUAGAAUAUCAUAUGCAAAAAGCUCACUACAAUAGCUUUAAAUUUGAAUGUCUUGCUUGUAAAAUCAAUUUAGCAACUGCCCCACAUGUUGUUCUGCAUGUUACAAAACUUCAUGCUGACCAAGAUCCGAAAAAGAUUAUCCGAUCUAGAGAUAAUGAUUCUGCACUUUUUGAUGAACAGGGUUUUUCUUCCUAUAUGCCAAGGAACAAUCGAAAUAAACAGGCCGAAUUCUAUUGUGACAUAUGCAAAGUUAGUUUUCAAAGACUAUGUGGCCUGCAAAGCCAUCGGCAGUCCAAAUCACAUCGUGACACUGUAGUGAAAAAUUUGGAUUCUAUGCAUAAAUCCCUGUCAGAUUUACCCCCAUCUCCUCCACCAGUUCCAAAAAAGAAAGUUAAGCAUCCUGAAAUUUUAACAUGUAGUGAAUGCUUAGAGGAAUUCACUACUGUUAAAGAUUUCGUACCACAUCGGUUGAGUCAUUUUGGUGUUCACGGUAAAUAUCUGAAGAUAAAUGAGGAAAAUCUGUAUACUUGUGAAAUUUGUGGGGAAGUAUCUAAUAGUCAUUCUAAGGUUCAGUUACACUUAUUCUGGCAUUUACAGGUUGAAUCUACUUCCACUGAGAAAAAUCCUGUAACUGUUAAAGGCAAAAAUGAUCCUAUAGUUCCAGAUAGACUGAGUGGACAACAUGUUGCAAAAAAGUCAUUUGCUAAACAGAAUUCCGAAUCUCAACAAGAAGUGGUCAUUGGUGGGGUGAAAAAGCCUCUCUUCACUUGUGAAAAUUGCAACAUAGGAUUUACUACUCAAGCUCAUUACAGCUUACAUGUUCGUAAAUUUUGUAGAAAAAAGAAUGUAUCGUUGAUGGAUAAUGUGAAAGAGAAUGAUGAAAAUUCUAUGCAUUUACCAGGAAUCAGUACACUAAAGAAGCAUACAAUCAAUAUAAAACAAAAUAAUUUAGAAUUCUGCAAUGUUUGUAACUGUUUAUUUUCUUCAUCUGUUAAAGAAACGCACAAAAGUUUUUGUGAAAAAUGUGCUGUAGAUACUUCUGAAAAUAUCAAGGAUUUAGAUCAUAUAACUUCUAAUAUGGACCUUGAUAAUGUUAUAGCUGUUUGUGUCUUGUGUGUGUUACCAUUUGAUGAUCCACAAGCAUUUGCUAAUCAUAUGCUUGCAUGCCAUAAAUCUGCAAUAAAUAGUGUUUCUCUGCAAAAAACUAGUAAUGGAUCUACAGUACACUGCACAGCAUGUAAUUCUUUGUUCUUUUGCCCUGAUGCUAUGGAAGAUCAUAGCAGUUUUUGCAGCAAUCCUUCCUGUUGUGAUUUUGAUGCAGAUUCAGUCACUGAUAUUCUGAAAGCUGCAUCAAAACUUGAAAAUCUUAUAGCAGCUUGUAUUUCUUGUUCUUUAGCUUUUGAUAAUAUUCAGAAUUUUAAUGAACAUAUGUUGUCACACCAAGAGCCCAAUUCAAACAGUGACUUACAAAGUUCAUUAAAUGAACUUCAAGUCUCAAGUAGUGAUGGAAUAAUUGAAUCUGCAUCUGUUGAUGUAAAUAAUGUUCUUUCUUUUGGUGACUUAGAGCAAGUAUCUGCACAAAUUGAAAAUAGCAAUACAAAUGAUAAUAAUCCAUCUGAGAUUUUGGAUUCUUCCAGUUCACAACUACCAGAUGAAGUUGUAUGGACAAUAACCAAUUCUUCAGGAGCCAAUCUGUCAUCAGAUUUUGAAGAAGAUGGUAUGAUAGAGCCAAUAGAUAAACUGAGGAACGAUUUUUCACAACUGUUCUGUAUAUUAAUAAAUGAUUCAGAAUUAAUGCAACAAUUAGGAUUUGGUGAACAGCCUGUUGAUGAUGUUUUAGCAAAAGUUUUACAGCAGAUGGGCCAAAAUCCCGCUCUGAAGGACAGCCAAACUUCAGAUAUUGAUUGCUUUCGUAAGAAUAUUCAAACACUUUUAGAUUUUUGUUUAAAAGAUCAAAUAAUGGAACUUAUAGGAAGUGGAAAAACUUCCACUGACGAGAUUGUAGCUGAAGCUCUCAAAAUCUUCACUGCCGAAAAAACUCCUGCAACUGUUGCAGAAUAAGAUUGACAUUACAUGCAUUUUCAUAAAUACAAAAUAUUUUUUAAAUGGAAAAUUUCUCCAGCAAUACUCAACAUCAUUUCAUUGUUAUUUCAUUCUGUCAGUUAAAGUUUUAAGAUAAAUUAUUUUCCAUACUUAUUCAUAAAUUGUAUCUUAAAACAUAACAUGUCAUUAAAAAUAUUG